AUGGCAACAAUUGCAGCAAUUACAAACAUUUCUGCUGCUGCUGAAGACAGAGUACUGGAUCAAGAUUCAGUCUCUGAGCAACUAGAGGAAGAAGAAGAAGAAGACAAUGUGUCACUAAGUGAUCUUCCAGUGAAUUUGAAGAAACAAGAUCAAACCCAAUGUCCAAACACUAAAUCUGAGCCUACCCAUGUCAACAUUGAAGCCCAAGAUGAAGAAUUUGAUUUUGGUUCUUCAAUGCGCGGCACCUCUUUUUGGGCUGACACCAAAAUGUGUGCUGCCGAUGAUGUGUUCUUCCAAGGCCAAAUUCUCCCUCUCCGCCUCUCAGUCAGCUCCGACGCCGGCUUUUCCGGCUUAACCAGACGGUCUCCGGCGAGCAGCGUCGGGUUCAGAAGCAAUAGCUGCAGAAGCAGAAUCAGUCCCAAUUCAUCAUUUAGCAGCAACAGCAGCUCCACCACCACCACCACUACCACAACAGCGACAAGAGGCAUUGCUUCAAGCUCAAAGCGGAGAAGCCCAAGAAGACCCAGAAACCAAUUCUACACAGAGCCAAGUCCAAAAGCCCAAAUCAAAAUUCCAAAUCCAAUACUGGAAAAAGCUGGCAGCAGGCGCCAUAAUUCUUCGAUGUGGGAUUUUUUCAGGCUGGGUUUGGUCCGUACGCCUGACAUUGAAUUGCAGGACAUUAACAAGGCACUUCGAAGUAAUAGCAGCGCCAAUAAAAGUUCCGUCAGUCGAAAUAGCAGCGUUAGCAGCACCCACAGCACUAAUUUCAUUGCAAAUUACAACAACGCCACGAGCGCCGGCGGUGUUUUGAAGUCGGAGGACACGAAACAGAGCAAACAGAGCAAGCAGAGAAAACAGAGGUUUUUUGAUAGCAUUCAUGGCUGCAAGUGCUCGUUCGAAACUGUGGCGUCUGAUAACCUGAUCGUCAAGAGCAAAUCAUCAAGCAGUGGGAGAAGCAGCUCGAGUCACAUCAAUGAAAGCAGAACAGAAACAGAAUACUCGGCUGCGCAUGCCAUGCUGAAAGAAAAAGUAGAGGUGGAGUUGAAGAUGAUGAAGAAUAAUAAGCAGAAGCAGAAGCAAAAGCAAAAGCAAAAGCAGGCCAUGUCACAUCACAGAACGUAUGAAUGGCUAAAGCAGCUGUCGCAUGCAAAUUCUCCUCCUCCUCUUCCUGUGCAUGUUUAA